AGCGGUUCGUUUGUUAUUUCUUAAUUUUUACCAAUAGAUUCCUUAUUAAAAACCAAACAGUGAAAAAAAAAACGAUUAACCUGCUGUUUAAGUUUAUUAAACUUACGCACUUAAUAUUAGAAUAUUACGAAUUAAAUAACGUUGACAAAGAUAUAUUAAGUUGAUAUAUUAACUUUGCUGAAUUAUCAUUAAUAUUUGACUAUAUAAAAUAAUGGAAAAAUAUAACAAGUUGGUUUCCAACAAGACAAGAGAUCGCCUGAAGUCGAAAUUUAAAGUUUGCCGAAAUGGUCCAACCAAUUCGUAUACUGUCAGUAGUCCCAUAGGAAAUAUUGUCAUUACAAGUUGUCCAAAAGGCCUUCAUACAGUAGGACAAGCGGAUGAUGUCACAGAUGAAAACUUCCAUCCAGAAUCAAACAUUACAGUGAAACUAAUUGGUCAACAGUGGAGUGAUAAUGGUUACACCUACAAGCCUGCUCUACUGUGUAUAGAUUGGAUAAAAGUGUACUUUAUUAACCCUAAAGAAACCUUAAAGACUUCCUUGCCACCAUUUUGUUCAUGUAUCAGUUCAGUAUCAGGUUCUUAUCGUGAGAAAGUGUGGAAAACAUUGGCGGAGCAAGUUCCGGUUGGAAGCACGAUUAGUUACGGAGAAUUAGCCAAGCUGACGGGAAAUCCUCAUGCUUCUCAAGCUGUAGGUUCAGCAAUGAGGAAUAAUCCCAUACAACUUCUUGUACCCUGUCAUAGAGUUGUGAGGAGCAAUGGCUCUCUGGGAUUGUAUUCUAAUGGAACUCGCAACAAGGUCAAAGAAUGGCUUUUAAUGCAUGAAGGUAUUUCAGACUUUAAAAAAAUGUAAAGAUGAAUGUGAGAUUUCCUGUACAGUAAAACUGUAACAACAGAAAUAUGAUUUUGAUAAAAACUGUUUCAUGGCAUAUUUGAUACAGACACAUUGGUGU